CCUUUCCAUCCCCCAAAAAACUAUCUCCCAGCCCCAACAGGGUCGCUUUCCCCUUUGCGCUUUUUCGCCUCUAUCCCCUCCACGUCUCCCCACCUUCUAUCCUGCGCCCCCUCGCGCACUGCGCACCCCUAAACAUGCCCUAUCCUCGCCCUCCGCUCCCCCACUCCUAACGGCCCAGAUCCUUCCUCCCCCCCCCCCCCCCCCCUUCUGGCGCAUGUUAGCCUCCUGCACUAACCGCAUUUGCUUCUGAAUCCACAACUCCCUUGGAACUUCUGGACUAACGAAGAAGAAGAAGAAGAAGAAGGAAGGAGAAGGAGAAAGCUCUUUCUGAUCCUCUCUCUUGCCGACCGUCGAAACUCGAAAUCGUCUUGAUCGGGACCGUCGGAUGGAUCCAUUUGCUUUGAUUGUUUAAGGACUUCUCUUUUCGGUUACGCUUUCAUGAUCGGUCGUCAGGUCCUGCUGUAUGAGGAAAGAUAACGUGUCCGACCUACGCACAUGGAGGGACGGUGGCAGCUGUUUUUUGUUUCUUUGCAAUCUCGCUUUUGUCUGUAGAACUCAGCUUCGGAAUUAGGCACAUCUAAGAGGACCUGUCAAUGAAGUCCGUACGGGAAGACCUAGUUUUCUGACGGAUUCUAUGGAGUAUCUAUAGUAUUCCGGGAAAUCUGGGCCCUUGGAUGGUCAGAAGGCAAAGCCGGCGGCUGUUUUGGUGUUCGUCGAAACCCUAGGUCUGGUUCCGGACUGUAUUGCCUGCUUGCGAUUGCUUGAAUCGGGACGAUGGAUGGGGAUGAUAUCGCAGCGGACAAGGAUUGGGGGGGAAGUGGUGGUAAGAGCAGUGACUCGUUUAUUGAUCGCAGCAAGGUCAGGAUUUUAAUGUGCGACAACGAUGCAAAGAGUUCCAAAGAGGCUUUCACGCUUUUGUGCAAAUGUUCUUAUCAAGUAACUUCAGUGAGGUCAGCCAGACAAGUGAUUGAUGCACUGAACGCUGAGGGACCUGACAUAGAUAUUAUUCUGUCUGAAGUUGACCUCCCUAUGGCCAAAGGGUUGAAGAUGUUGAAAUAUAUUAUGAGGGAUAAAGAGCUGCAACGCAUUCCUGUAAUCAUGAUGUCGGCACAGGAUGAAGUCUCUAUUGUUGUCAAGUGUUUGAGACUUGGUGCAGCUGACUAUCUUGUGAAGCCUUUACGCACAAAUGAACUGUUAAAUCUGUGGACUCAUAUGUGGAGGAGACGGCAAAUGCUUGGACUAUUAGAGAAGAAGAUAAUGAACUUUGACUUUGAUCUGGUGGCGUCAGAUCCUAGUGAUGCUAAUACAAAUAGCACUACACUGUUUUCAGAUGACACAGAUGACAAGUCCAAGAAGAAUGCAAAUCCAGAGUUGUGCAUGUCGACUCAUCAAGAAGAAGAGGUCAAUGUGGUAGAGAGACAAAUCAUGGAAGAACACUCAGGUUUUACUGGUCUGCAAAGGAGCGGGAAGAACACUCAGUCUAAUUCUGGCAUCACUGCUGCUCCUGUAGACCCUCCACCUGUGGUUUCACUUGAUUAUGGCCCUGAAGUUCUCGGAACUAGUAACCGCCAAACAGGACAAUUUUCAUCAUGUCCAAAGAAGAGUGAACUAAGGAUAGGUGGGUCUUCAGCCUUCUUCUCGUAUGUCAAGCAUAGCAUGCCCAAAAGUAACGCCCAAGUGGUUGUCCCUGCUGCUGAAACUGCAUCUCUGGAAUUGAGGAUAAAGCAGAGACUUGAAACAUGGAGUGGGCAAACUUGCCGUGACACCAUAAAUCUUGAAAAGCAUAUGGGGAACGGUGCCCAAAAUCAUGAAAAAAGAGAGGUGAAGGAAAAUCAUUCACCUGGAGAUGACUUCCCAAGCAGUUGCAGUAUCCGAGAUUCUCUUUCCAUGGACAGGUCUUCUACUCCCCCUGUACUGACAGAAUCUACGCACUGUAGCAACUCAACGAAAGAAGACUUCUCUCAGGCGCAUGUACAUCUGAGAAAUGUGUCUCACCAUGAUGUCCGAGCUAUACAUGCACAUACUGCUUAUCCCUAUUAUAUUUCAGGAAUGAUGAAUCAAAUUAUGAUGCCAUCAUCACAAAUGUAUCAAAAAAACCUGCAAGAUCUGCCUGCUCAUGCUGCUUCGACACUGUUGCCUCAGUUUGGCCAUGUUCCACAGGUCCCUCAUGUACCAGGUAUGGCGUCAUAUCCGUAUUACCCGGUUGGCAUAUGCAUGCAACCUGGUCAAAUGCCGGGAGCAUCGCCAUGGCCUUUGUAUGGAAGCUCAACGACUGCUGAAGAAAAAUUAGGCAAAGUUGGUAGAAGAGAGGCGGCCUUGAUCAAAUUUAGGCAGAAGAGGAAAGAACGCUGUUUUGACAAAAAGAUUAGGUAUGUUAACCGAAAGCGGCUGGCUGAAAGGCGUCCUCGUGUACGGGGACAGUUUGUGAGGAAAAUUAACGGCAUAAAUGUGGAUCUCAAUGGGCAGCCUGCUUCCUUAGAUUACGAUGUGGAGGAAGAGGAGGAUGAAUACGAGGAAGACAGUGGAGCUCGGGAUUCCUUCCCUGAGGAUGAAGAGGACAAUGCAGCUACAGAUCCCUCAACUUUCCAGUCAUGAGUUGCUACUUGUCCAGGAUUGAACCCUCAUCAUUUGCUUGUUGCUUGGUAGUCUUGAUUGAAGAGCACAGAUCAUUCUGAGCUUGGAAUCAUCAAGUGCGUGGCCCGGGCCGGGCUAAUAUGAUGUGAUUACAGUCCAAUGCUUCAUUCACAUCCGGAAUAUCCCUUUGCCUUCACUCUGGUUAGCGAUGACAACUAUCGGGGUGGGGCCAUUCAAUGAAGGUUCCAUUUCUUCGGGAUUUGAAUUUAAGGGCGGGAAACUAUUACUACGAGAUGUAUACGGUUCUGCUGUUCUAUGGCUCCGACCAUCAAAUCUUUUAGUGAAUUACGAAUCUCUCUUGAAGUUGUUCCGAGAAGGAAGGGGAUCGUAGCUGCAACCUCAAAUUCAAGAAGGCAAUGAAGCUGAAACGUGCAUCAUCGGCUGAAGAGCUUACAUGAACUGGCUAUGGUUAUUAUCGGCGACGAGCGGUUCUGUCCUGUCCUCGAGAGACGAACAUGUGAAAGGAGAGUAUUAUGCUGUUCUAGAGAUAAUGUACUUCUUGAACCCUGCUGUUAUCGAUAUCAUAUUUAGGAAUGAUAAAAGUUAUCAUUAUUCAAAGUUGUUAUCAACGUGGAGGAAACCAGUAACGGUUUCCGAUUCAAUGAUCGGAUAAUAUCAUCAUCUGAUUUUAGAGUAA